CCGGGUCACUACUGUCUUCAUGCUACUAGUACUGACGUCUCCUCCUCGUCUGUUUGUGGCUCCAUCCGUGUAGUUAACCUGUUAUCGGUCAUGAUCCGGUCAAUAUUCCUAAACAGAUUGACCCCUCACAUCCUGUCCUGCAGCAGAGCAUCCCGUUUGCUCACAGGCCGAAUACCUAAUGGUUUACAGCCGCAUCCUUCAGCUUACACACAAAUCCAUCAGAGCUCCCAUGAAUCCGUUAUACCUAAAAUCAAAUGUUCAGACUUAUCCAAAAAUAAUUACACUCGGAUUUAUGCUAUGCCAUACAUAAGCAUUUUCAGAGCCAUUUCCAGAAUCAAACUGCUCCAAACUGCAAUCACUGUGGUCGUCCUACCACCAGUGUAUGUCCUCUACUUCCUGGGACACACAGACUUCUUUCAAGUCAGCUACACGACAGGCGUUGCGCUGUUUGCAGGUGUCAUGUUGUUUGUUGCCAGCCACUUCUUCAGAAGGAUUGUGGGGAUCAUGUACCUGGAUCAGUCCCAGACCACACUAAAAAUUUCCCACCUCACCUUCUGGGGCAAGCGCCACAACAUCUACUUGCCCGUGUCAGACGUAAUGACCAUCUGGGAUUCAGGAGACUCGCCAAACGAAACCAUACUGAAAAUGAAGAGAUACAGCACUCCGGAUGUCAUGUAUUUCUCUACGUAUUUUGGAGUAAUUGUGGACCGACAAGGAUUUGAAAAAGUUUUUGGAAAAAUUUCGUAAUUUGUUCAGUACGUAAUAGAAAUAAGAGACUAAAUUUUCAC